AGAUCUGUGGUCCUCCCGGAGCCCGGGAAGGGUUGAGUGACAGGGCCGGGGGGCGGGGCCGGCGCGGCCGCCUGAGGUGGAGCCGGAGCGGUGCGAGCGAGCUUCAGCGGCCGCGCUGAGGCGAGGGUGACACACACCAUGCUCACGGCCCCUAGAGACCGUCGUGCGGGCGAGCCGCGCUGCCUAGCUCCCCGGGCCGCCUCGGCGGCGGCGCUUAGAGUCCGCUGCCGGAGUUGAGCCGUCGGCGCCCGAGGAUUCUGACGGCGCCCUCAGAGGGGCGCGAGAGCGCGGCGGGGCCGGGGCGCUCUGGGGUCAAGGCGGUCGGCGGGGUCGCCUCCGGAGGGGCGUUUCCGAGGCGAGGAGGAGGAGGAGAUGCUGCUCUUCUUCUUCCCCUCCCCAGGCUCCUUCUCCAGCUCCUUCAGCCCACGCCCGCAGCCGCUUGGGGGAGAAGAGGUGGUGGCGGCUCUCGGCGGCCGCCGGCGGCCCGCCCCGACGCCGCGUCCCCGCAGCCCCCGCGCGGCGCCCCAGUAGCAGCAGGACGCGGUCUCCGGACGAGCCGGUAAUAUGCACGUGUCACUAGCUGAGGCCCUGGAGGUUCGGGGUGGACCACUGGAGGAGGAAGAAAUAUGGGCUGUACUAAAUCAAAGUGCUGAAAGUCUCCAAGAAUUAUUCAGAAAAGUAAGCAUAGCUGAUCCUGCUGCCCUUGGCUUCAUCAUUUCUCCAUGGUCUCUGCUGUUGCUGCCAUCUGGUAGUGUGUCAUUUACAGAUGAAAAUAUUUCCAAUCAGGAUCUCCGAGCAUUCACUGCACCAGAGGUUCUUCAAAAUCAGUCACUAACUUCUCUCUCAGAUGUGGAAAAGAUCCAUAUUUAUUCUCUUGGAAUGACAUUGUAUUGGGGGGCUGAUCAUGAAGUACCUCAGAGCCAACCUAUCAAGCUGGGAGAUCAUCUCAACAGUAUACUGCUGGGAAUGUGUGAGGAUGUUAUUUAUGCUCGGGUUUCUGUUCGGACUGUCCUGGAUGCUUGCAGCGCCCACAUUAGGAAUAGCAAUUGUGCACCUUCAUUCUCCUACGUGAAACACUUGGUAAAACUGGUUCUGGGAAAUCUUCCUGGGAUGGAUCAACUUCCCGGUAACAGUGAACAAAGGCCUGAUCGAAGCCAGGCUAUUCGAGACCGAUUGAGAGGAAAAGGAUUACCAACAGGAAGAAGCUCUACUUCUGAUGUACUAGACAUACACAAGUCUCCAUUCUCUCAUCAGACCUUUCUUAACAAAGGGCUUAGUAAAUCUAUGGGAUUUCUGUCUAUCAGAGAUACACAAGAUGAGGAAGAUCGUUUCAAGGACAUUUUAUCAGAUAAUAAUUCUGGGCAUGAAGAUUCUGAAAAUACGUGCUCCCCUUACCAGUUCAAAACUAGUGGCCCAGAAAAACAAGUUAUCCCUGGCAUUGAUGUGCUUCCUAAGAAGAAAAUUUGGGCUUCAUCCAUGGACUUGCUUUGUACAGCUGACAGAGACUUCUCUCCUGGAGAGACUGGCACCUCCCGCCACUGUCACCCAGUUACAGUGCGGACUUCAACUACUCCUAGAAAAAAAGAGGCAAGAUACUCAGAUGGAAGUAUAGCCUUGGAUAUCUUUGGCCCUCAGAAAAUGGAUCCAGUAUAUCACACUCGAGAAUUGCCCACCUCCACAGCAAUAUCAAGUGCUUUGGACCGAAUCCGAGAGAGACAAAAGAAACUUCAAGUUCUGAGAGAAGCCAUGAAUGUAGAAGAACCAGUUCGAAGAUACAAGACUUACCACAGUGACAUCUUUAAUACUUCCAGUGAAAGUCCAUCUAUUAUUUCCUCUGAAUCAGAUUUCAGACAAGUUAGAAGAAGUGAAGCCUCAAAGAGAUUUGAAUCCAGCAGUGGUCUCCCAGGGGUAGAUGAAACCCCAAGUCAAGGCCAGUCGCAGAGACCAAGCAGACAAUAUGAAACACCCCUUGAAGGCAACUUAAUUAAUCAAGAGAUCAUGCUAAAACGGCAAGAAGAAGAAAUGAUGCAGCUGCAAGCCAGAAUGGCCCUUAGGCAGUCUCGGCUAAGCCUGUAUCCAGGAGACACAAUCAAAGCUUCCAUGCUUGACAUCACCAGGGAUCCCUUAAGAGAAAUUGCCCUAGAAACAGCCAUGACCCAAAGAAAACUGAGAAAUUUCUUUGGCCCUGAGUUUGUGAAAAUGACGAUUGAACCAUUUAUAUCUUUGGAUUUGCCACGGUCUAUCCUUACCAAGAAAGGGAAGAAUGAGGAUAACCGAAGGAAAGUAAACAUAAUGCUUCUGAGUGGGCAGAGACUGGAACUGACCUGCGAUACCAAAACUAUAUGUAAAGAUGUGUUCGAUAUGGUCGUGGCCCACAUCGGCUUAGUGGAGCAUCAUUUGUUUGCUUUAGCUACCCUCAAAGAUAAUGAAUAUUUCUUUGUUGAUCCCGAUUUAAAAUUAACCAAAGUGGCCCCAGAGGGAUGGAAAGAAGAACCAAAGAAAAAGAGCAAAGCUACUGUUAAUUUUACUUUGUUUUUCCGAAUUAAAUUUUUCAUGGAUGAUAUUAGUCUAAUACAACAUACUCUGACCUGUCAUCAGUAUUACCUUCAGCUGCGAAAAGAUAUUUUGGACGAGAGGAUGCACUGUGAUGAUGAGACUUCCUUAUUGCUGGCAUCCUUGGCUCUCCAGGCUGAGUAUGGAGAUUAUCAACCAGAGGUUCAUGGUAUGUCUUAUUUUAGACUGGAACAUUAUUUGCCUGCCAGAGUAAUGGAGAAACUUGAUUUAUCCUAUAUUAAAGAAGAGUUACCCAAAUUACACAAUACCUAUGUGGGAGCUUCUGAAAAAGAAACAGAGUUAGAAUUUUUAAAGGUCUGCCAAAGACUGACAGAAUAUGGAGUUCAUUUUCACCGAGUGCACCCUGAGAAAAAGUCACAAACGGGAAUAUUGCUUGGAGUCUGUUCCAAAGGUGUCCUUGUGUUUGAAGUUCACAAUGGAGUUCGCACAUUGGUCCUUCGCUUUCCAUGGAGGGAAACCAAGAAGAUUUCUUUUUCUAAAAAGAAAAUCACAUUGCAAAAUACAUCAGAUGGAAUAAAACAUGCCUUCCAGACAGAAAACAGUAAGGUAUGCCAGUACCUGCUGCACCUCUGCUCUUCCCAGCACAAGUUCCAGCUACAGAUGAGAACAAGACAAAGCAACCAAGAUGCCCAAGAUAUUGAGAGAGCUUCGUUUAGGAGCCUGAAUCUCCAAGCAGAGUCCGUUAGAGGAUUUAAUAUGGGACGAGCAGUCAGCACUGGCAGUCUGGCCGGCAGCACCCUGAACAAACUUGCCGUUCGACCUUUGUCAGUCCAAGCUGAGAUUCUGAAGAGGCUAUCCUGCUCUGAGCUGUCGCUUUACCAGCCCUUGCAAAACAAUUCAAAAGAGAAGAGUGACAAAGCUUCAUGGGAGGAAAAGCCCAAAGGGAUGAGUAAAUCAUACCAUGAUCUCAGUCAGGCCUCUCUCUAUCCUCAUCGGAAAAAUGCCAUUGUUAACAUGGAAUCCCCACCACAAAGCAUUGCGGAGCUGGUGGGAAAACCUUUUCACCAGAUGGGAAGAUCUGAUACAGAAUCUUUGGCAGGAUUCACAAAACUUAAUAAUUCAAAGUCUGUUGCAAGUUUAAAUAGAAGUCCUGAAAGGAGGAAACAUGAAUCAGACUCCUCAUCCAUUGAAGACCCUGGUCAAGCAUGUGUUCUAGGAAUGACUAUACAUAGUUCUGGAAAUGCUUCAUCCCAAGUAUCCUUAAAAGACAAUGAUGUACUACACAAAAGAUGGAGCGUAGUAUCUUCACCAGAAAGGGAGAUCACAUUGGUGAACCUGAAAAAAGAUGCAAAGUAUGGCUUAGGAUUUCAAAUUAUCGGUGGGGAGAAGAUGGGAAGACUGGAUUUAGGGGUAUUUAUCAGUUCAAUCACCCCUGGAGGACCAGCUGACUUGGAUGGACGCUUAAAGCCAGGAGACCGUUUAAUAUCUGUGAAUAGUGUGAGUCUGGAGGGAGUCAGCCACCAUACUGCAAUUGAAAUAUUGCAAAAUGCACCUGAAGAUGUGACGCUUGUUAUCUCUCAGCCAAAAGAAAAGCUAUCCAAAGUGCCUUCUACUCCUGUACAUCUUGCCAAUGGGAUGAAAAACUACCUAAAGAAACCUUCCUACAUGCAAGAUGGUGCUAUAGAUUCUUCUUCUGAGGAUCACCACUGGCCACGUAGUACUCUGAGGCACAUCUCAGAGGGCUCCUUUGGACUGUCUGGGGGCCUGCGGGAAGGAAGCCUGAGUUCUCAAGAUUCCAGGACUGAGAGUGCCAGCUUGUCCCAGAGCCAGGUCAAUGGUUUCUUUGCCAGCCAUUUAGGUGACCAAACCUGGCAAGAAUCACAGCAUGUCAGCUCUUCCUCAUCUGUAAUACCCAAAGGCAUUGAGAAAAAGAGGAUUUCCACUGACAGUAACCAAAGCAAAGCUAAAAAGCCAGCCAUUUCAGAUGCAACAGAUUGCUCUGACCAUGGAGAGUCAGACAUGGAUGAAGCCACUUAUUCCAGCAGCCAGGAUCAUCAAACACCAAAAAAGGAACCUUCCUCCUCAAUGAAUACAUGCAACAAAAUGAAUUUUAAAACUUUUUCUUCAUCACCUCCUAAACCUGGAGAUAUCUUUGAGGUUGAACUGACUAAAAAUGAUAACAGCUUGGGGAUAAGUGUCACGGUACUGUUUGACAAGGUUUUCAAAUGUUUUCUCUUCUUAAUUUCCAGCAGCCUUUGUAUAUCAAUUUAUUAUUUGAAUUAUUUUGCUCCUAAAGGACACUUGUCAUAUAUUGCUAACAUUAAAAUUGAAUCAUAACCUAAAACUUUUUAAAAAUUGACUGUGCUAGUCAUUUUUUUCCUGUGGUUCAAAAGAAAUUAGACAAAUGCUGCCUUUUUCCCCAUACAUUUCAUACUUACUUAAUCUUAAUAUAAGCUUGCAAAAUAUGUAUAAAAUUAAUGCAUAUGCUUUAUUUACAUUUGACAGUUUCUGCAUGAGCAUAGAUUAAUGAAAUGAUAUAUCUUUAACCUACAUCCUGAAUAAUUAAAAACCAUGUAUAUUUACAUAUAUUUUCUCUCCAUAAUAUAUAAUACCUUGUAAACAUGUUUAAUAUCUUAAAAUGAAAAGUUCCCAAGGAAUAUAUGUAUUUU